AUGAGGUGGCUAAUACUACUUAUUGCGACGCUAGUAAUAGCUCAUCUGGGACUGCCAGCGGCUAACCACAUCGGUCACGAGAGGAGCGACCACCGUUGUGGGCCGAGUGUUAAUUGCAGCUUAUGUAAUAAGAAACGCUGCUGUAGCGCUUCUGGUUACUGUGGAAGCGGCGACGACUAUUGCGGGGUUUACUCCUGUGCAUACGACUGCCCCUUUGAUCACCAUACGCCGCCCUGUAAACCGUAUGCAAGUAGUUUCUCCGAUUUAGCUGCAGGUACCGGCGAUGUCGGUGGGGAGAGAGCCAACUGCGCGGUGAUUCAUGUGAAUAUGUCGAUGGGUUGGAUUCAACAACACGGUCCGGCGGUCUUUUGCGGCAGGCAGCCGGCAUCCAAUGGGAGAACCGCAACUAGUUCCGAUGCUUGUUAG